AAAAGACAAGAGAAAGAGAGAGUCCUUGAAUUGUCCACUCGAAACAAUCGGCUAUGUCCAACGUACAGUUUUGGCAACCUUUUCCCUGUACAGCUCUCUAAAGGUUGGCACAUUCUCAUGGUUUUACCUCCCGUAGGAUGGGAUUAACUUUGUCCGGAAGAUACAUCUCAUUGGUGCUUGCUGUUCAAAUAGCAUAUUUGCUCCAGACGGUUGGAGCGACGGAGAAAUGUAACACCGUGUUUAAGGGCUUCUCUAACUGCCUGCUUCAGCUCGGAGAAAGCAUGGCCAACUAUCCACAGGAGCUGAACGAGAAGGAGAAACUGCAAACCAUCUGCACGUACUGGGACGACUUCCACUCGUGUGCCACCACGGCGCUGGCGGACUGUCAGGAGGGAGCCACGGAGCUGUGGGAGAAACUGAAGAAGGAGUCUCGGAGUUUGGAGUUCAGAGGCAGUUUGUUUGAACUGUGUGGUGGUGAAAACGAUGCUUCAGUACCAUCAGCUUCUCCACUGGGCAUCACCCUGCUGCUCAGUACCCUCUCUGCCCUCUUUACAUGGCUUCAGUUCUAGCUACCCAAAAUUCAAGAAGAGGAACAUGCAAAAACGAACAUUUUUAGCCCUGAAAAAAAAGAAAAAUAUGGAAACCUCAACAAAUCAGAAAAUAAACAACAGUGCUUUAUCACCACGACAAUACAAAGAAAAUAAAUGAUAUCCUAAUAAUAUGAUUAUCAAAAUUCAUCUCCACCCAAAUGGAUUUAUAUUACUCUUCAUCCGGGGAAGACGGCUUGAUUUUGCUAUGGACAUUGGCAAUAAGGCGUCUUCAGGGAAUGCUCCAGCACAUCUGCCUGACCUGGGACUUGACUUCUUCAAAUAUUUAACAGUUAUCGAUUUUAAGUUGGUCAUUUUUGAUGAUCAUGUGUGGAAUUACAUUACUGCCUGCAAGGAAUAAUUAUUGCAGUAGGCCUGAUAAUCUAAUAUAUAAUGCAUAGAGAAAAAAAUAUCCAGGCACACACACAUCAUAUUCAAUUAAGCUCAAAUCAGUUUCCACUGGUAGACUAUCUCAGCCCGUAUUCCCUCUUUUUAUUUUUUGUUAAUCUUUUUUUCAGCUGCCAGAUUUAUAAUGCCAAGAUAAGUAUGAUAAUGUGUUACAUGAUGUACAACCUGUAAGGAACUAAAAUUCACUACAAACAGUAAUACAAAAAAUACCUAAUUAUGAUAGACUCAUAGCCUUAUAACUAAUAAUAAAACCUCAGGAAUGAAUCUGGGAAUUUAAAGGAAUAGUUCAACCAAACACAUUUACGUUCCCAGCAGGUACACAAUAAUACCCAGCAAACAUAAUUACUCACAACAAAGAUACACAUACUUAUUGGGACAUUUGUGAGUUGUAAACAUGCAGUUACAAAGUAAA